UGCACGAACUUAGAACACCAGUUUUGAACACUGAAGAUACAGAAUUGCAGUCAAAAUUCGCUUGAAAAUACCUUCGUGGAGUUACUUUUGUCAUUAUUAGUCAGUCCAGGUAAGUCUGCGAGUAUUGUUCAACGUAUUUAUUCAAUUUUACUUUUUAAAAGGGUAGUCUAUCCUCAGGCAAAGUAUUGUAUUUUUCUGUCUGCCAUGUUUGGCAGGAAGCAUGAGAAGAUUUCGACUUCACCAAAAAACUAAACGCGAAGACGUUUUUUAACUUGCGAAGUUGAGAAGUGCGUAUCAAAACUCUUGUAAGCUUAUAGGAAUAAAAAUAAGAUUGGCUAAACAUGCAAGGUGGCAUGUAUAAAAUGGCCUCAUUCAACAGUCAGCUGAAUAGUGUAAAUUUUUAAAAAAGGACCUUGCUAGCCCCACUGAAAGUAAACUUAACUUACUUUGUAGUCGAAAUUGUUAUGCAAAACAUCAAGGAACAAGCUCUAGUUGCUUAUACACAAACCAUCCUUCUUUGGUCACCCUACGUGGGCAACACAUUUACCACUGCUCACAAAGAUGAGAUUGACAAUAAUAUUUUCAUGGGCACCAAUAAUAUUUUCAUGGGAGCCAUAACAGACUGAACGUGGACAUACAGUUUACCAAUUAGAUUGAGAAAAUGGUAAAAUACCAUUUCUAGAUUACUUAGUCACCUGCGACAACAACAGACUACGAAGAACAAUUUACAGAAAACCGACACAUACUGGUAGAUUAUUAGACCAGUCAUUUCACAACUCGACGUCUCAGAAGGCUACAACUAUACGGACUUUGACGAGAUGAGUGCAACUAGUUUGUAACUUACCUGACAGACUACAAAAUGAGACUGACUACCUAAACAAUGCUUUUAGUAAAACAACUAUAAUGCAGACUUUAUUAGACAACUUUAACUUUGGCCCUGUUAUGAUGUUAUACUGAACAUCAGAGUUACCUCUGAAACUAUCGCUCGUAUGCUAUAACCUUACAAUGUAUGUGCAUGCGUUACACACAAACCAGUGGCCACUUUACGAUAACUGUCAAUAAAUGUCAGGGACAAAGACAGGCCAGGGGGCAAACAGGGAGCAGUAGAUAAAAUUGAUGCUGUGACUGGCAGGCCACUUACAUUGGUGAGACCUUCAGAAACCUCAGCACACAAUUGACUGAACACAAACGAGUGACAAAAAUAGUGAAGAAAACUAUAUGUAGCUUUUGGGCAGAGGACAUCAGAGAAAUGUACCAAAAAGUGUGAUAAACUUAAAGAGUUGUCAUUUUGUUCAUUUGGCCAUUCUGUAUUGAUGUUUUUACUUCUGCUCCCUAAGGUUCCCAUUACCUUAUAUCAUGCAAAUACUCCAUGUAGUCAACAAGUUGUUUGUGAAAUUUGGCAGACCAGACUGAAGAAAAGGAAAUCUAAUAACAAUUUUUAGUUAAAAAAACGUUAGUGAACGUUACUUUUUGUUGAGACAAAACAAAAAAAGAUUCAGACAUUAUUUCCUUAUAAUGUAACGUUCCUUAUUUGUAAUUACAAAGAAGUGGCAUGUAAGGAAGUAAUGUUCUGUGUAAUUCCUCCAGGCAGUUUUGUGUUCAUUUUCAAAAGUGUUACUGCAGAUCAAAAUAAUAUUCAGGUUAAAAUUAAUUAAACUAGGUUGAUUCUCAAUUUUCUUUUUCUCUUAGCCCUAAUUCAUGAAUAAUCAGGGCUAGUAGACAAAGGAAAUUGAAUGAACAUAGUUUAAAAUAUUAAAAAGAAUUUAAUUUUGACUUAUAACAAGUCAUAUACAGCAAGUCAUUGAUCAUUUAAAAGCCGGGAGCAUAAUGACCUACAAUUAAGGUCAAGUCUACGUUGUUUGUUGUCUCAUGAUUGACUUUUAUUUGCAACAGAUUAUUGUUUCCAUUAUUUUGAUAGUUUCUUUCUUUCUCAGGUGCCACCAUUCACCAUUAUAUAGGUUUGUCCUCUUGUAUCUAUGGCUCAUCAUCGCCCUUUAGGCGAUCCUCUGUCAGGAAUAAGUCAGUAAGUAAAAGGGGAGGAACCAUAAUGGAAAAUUUCAAGCUGAAUUUUAACUUUUGAGUAUACUGAAUGGGGUCAUUAAAAUUGCUCUUUUUUACUUUCAGAUACUCAUUUGCUCCUAGGAAAGCUCAACAAGAACUUUCUCCAGGUGAACUACUCUUGGAUAAAACAUGUAAACUGUGUCAGCAUAAGAUUUCUAAGUAGCCUAAGAGAAAAUGUAAGGUAGUAGGGGCCACCAGACUCUUUUAGAGCAUGGGCCCUCCAAAGAAUUUAUUAAUGGUGUUUCAGGGUGUUCAUGAGGCAUCACAGAUCGGAGAAUUUUCUGUUUCUUACACAGAAUUCUCCAACUAACUUUUGGUAGCUUAUGACUAUUUUUUAUUCAGUUGUGGAGCCUCUUUCAAAGUAUUCUCCUGUAACAUUACACCUUUCUCCUGCUGUUAGGAUUCUUAAUGAAAACCCUGGUGUAUAUGGCAUAUAACGUUUCUUUUUUCUGUUAGGUGGCAGGAAAAACAUGGCAGCCAUUGGGUCCAUGCGAAAAAAACUUACAGGCUUUAGUGAUGAGGGAGAUGAUGACUAUGGGUCAGCUGGAAUGUAUUUUAAUCCUUCAAUGUUCCCUCCUCAUCGCCCUGAGAAAGAGGUAUUUCUGUGUUGUAGAAUUUAUUUUAAAUGAAAAUAGAGAGGAGGAGUCGUUACGUGCCAUGGUCGCAAAAUUUCUGAAUGACAACAAACCGAAAACGUCACUUAAAAAGUGAAUUCAUACUGUUACAAACUUCAUCGAUAAUAUUAACUUUCAUUAGAUUUGUCAAAUGUUGGUGAAAUUGUCUGGGGUUCAAUCUGGAAGGACCGAUUCUAAGAAAAAAAAGAAAAUUUGUUCACCUACUCAAUAAGGCAGGCACAUGUAAUUAGGAAGUUUCCUGUCCUAGCCAUGCAAUGACAGCCAGGAAAUGUUCAAAAAAGCAUUAUGCAUGUGCGGAGUUGUUGUUCUGCUAAUGUAAACCUAUUGCUUUUUUUUUCCUUUCUCGUUGCUGCUGCCAUCGUUGUUACUUAAUUAAGCUCCCUCCUGUUGUGAUCCAGAAACUUUGCUACUAUGGAAACGUGAUGUCACACUUCUCCUCUCUAUUACCACUCAUUUACUAAUAUUCGAUUACUCCAUGCAUGUUAUAGUCAUGUUAACUACCUCACUUGCAUGUAAAUUGAACUGGACAGAGCUAAUUAAUGAAUAGCCACAUUCUGUUUUAGGGUGUGCUCUUUUGGUAUUAUAUUAUGAUAAAAAAUAUAUUCACAGUAGAUGAGCAUAUAGGUGGACUGCGAUAAGAUAACAGGGGAUUACUUGUGUAAUUGCAAUAAUGUCAGUCAAUGGUAGAAUCCUGAAGACAUAAAUAGAGGAUAUAUCGGGGCCGCAUAGAGAUGCAAAAUUUCUCUUCAAGUGUUAAAGAAUAUUUCGCCAAUGAACGCGGCGAAAAGUGCCCCUAGCUUCCUUGCAAAAGGAAAUCAUUACAUGAACAUUUUGGUUUGACAGGAGACUUUGUGUAGCUGGUAUCAAUCAAGGGUGUAUCAGAUAAGGCCCUUACACCUGUACUUAUUCUUGAUGUGAUGUCUAAAUCUCUUGGUAAUUGUUUCAUAAGCAAAAAGGCUAAAGGCUAUUCAGUAGGGGAAUGUAAAGUUAUUCCAGAAUAAGAAUAAGUGAAAGUCUAGCUGAAAUCAGCUGUUCAGCCAUUCAUUACAUUGUAAAUUCAGCAAAUAUGGGAUACAUGUAUCAUUCCAGAGGCCCAAAAUCCUAGCGUGCACAAUAGAUAGACUUAUAACAGAAUUUCUGGUUAUUGUUAUUCCGGAAUAUGUUCGUUCAUGUAGUUUAUCAGAAGUCACUUGGGUAUUUUUUUCCAGGUAACCACACCUUUUUAACAACCUAUACUGUAUUUAUUACUGUUUAGAGAGGACUGUUAGUUCACUCUGUAGCAAUAAAACUUGAUCAAAGCUCUUAAAUAAACCUUAUAAAUCACUCUCUGGGUCAGAAAAAGGUAGGCUGGGAUACCAUUUGAAGCUUUACCUCUUGAACACCUGUUGACUGCUGCAUAAAGUGGAUACUUUGUUGUCAUGAGCAAGAUAGAAAUGGAGGGAAUAAAUGGUUGAAUAGGAAGUGCUGUUCAUGAAAACACCCAUGCUUUAAAUGAAACUAGGGGUUGUUUCUUCACAGCCUCAUCUUGGAAGCUUAUAUGGCACUCCGUCAGGAAUGCAAUCGCCAGGACCUCACCAGUCAAACUUCUAUGGAUCAGGAAUCCCAGGCUCAGGUAUAUACAGAUUCUUCUUUCACUUGCAAAAUUUAGCGGGAAGUGCCCUUGAUUCGUUGACUUUAAAUCAGCCAACAAUGCUAAUGGAGCAAUAUUACUGUACAUUAGAACAUGAAUUGAACGAGAAGUUUGCUUUUGUUUUGAAAUACAUUAUAAGUAGUUUUGGACUUUCAAACACCAUACUGAAAUAUGCAACCUUUCCAAAAUAAGUCUACAUUCUUGUUUAAUGUAUAAGGUACAUGUAAUUUUUUUAUAUUUAUUUAUUAACUUAUAGGUCUUCCUCCAAAUGUCAACUCUAUGCAAGUUCCACCUAGUGCUCCGCGUGGAAUGUCAUCAGCCCAGGUAUUAAAUAAAUCUACUCUAUUUUAAUUUUGCAAGGUAAAGGUGACCCUAGAGGUAGUUAAUAUCACUACACAGUAACGGAAACAUAUUAUUUUUAUUUCCCAUUGCCCUAACAGUGUAUUAGACCCAAACAUUUUCAUUGAAUUAUUGAAAGAGAUAGUCAGACAGAGGCAGUCACAAAAUUAGAAUUUAUUAAUUAUAAUAAAAGUACUGUUGUAACAGUCAGUGAAUACUGGUUAUACAGUCUGAGUGUACUCAAGACCAUCUACACGUAUGUCUAGGCAGCCAUUUGUUUGACAUGAUAUUGUGAUUACCUUGCACAGUUUGGCAGAAGUUUAUCGCAUCCUGGUCACACUCACUCCACAACGUCCCUUACAGGAAGUGUGACUACUCCUGGUGGACCAUCCAUCCCUUCAAGUCUUCAUAACAUGCCAGGGUCACAGGGGGGAAACUUGUCGUCUCAAUCAGCCAGGUGAAAAGCUAUACAAGUACUUAAAUAUUGCAGUAAAAACCUUCUUGGGUUUUACAGUGAAAUGUUCUUCAUCACCAACAAAUUCUUGAAGUUACACCAGGGUUUGCAUUAUUUUAUUGAUGAGUGGAGUCACUAUGACUUCUGCUUCACAAAUUUUGGAGUCAUUUUGGAAUAUUUGGAGUCAAGUAUCACAACGAAAAAAGCCAUUUUCAGACUUUCCAGCAUGUGGUCCUGGCUUGUAUACACUAUCGUGAGGGAUACACGAAGUAGCUGUAGCCGUCCACUCACCUGGAAAGCUCAAAUGAGUCAAAUCCAUGAUGGCGGUCAUCGAGUAAACUUUGAUCAUAAUUUACCAUCUUCCUGUUUUGUCGUGCAGUAUAAUUAUGUAAUUUUGAUGAUUUAAUUAAGGUUCACAACGUUUACAAUUAACGUAAAUUGUAUUUGUUGGGAAAAAGGUAACAACAAAACUGUGUUUAUUACCGAAAAUUUCUGGAGUUGAAGUGGCUACCUGUUUGUUACCGAAAAUUUCUGGAGUCGAAGUGACUCCCUCAUUAACCUCUGUGGAGUCAUCUGAACAAUUUUGGCGUAUUUGCGAACCCUGUUACACAGAGCCAUUUGGAACUCAUCCGGAUCCCUUCAUCGAUGACGUUUGCUGUUAUUCACUAAGAAUACAAGUUACUCCAUUAACUGGGCCAGUAUAAACAAGAUUAGCCAGGAAAUCUUUCAUGCAAGAUCCUCAAGGCCAUAAACGUUCAUACUCAGCAAGGGCAAUGAACUGUGAUCAGGGCUACCACCUUCCCUCAAUUUGUGGAAAAACUUUGCAACUUCAUAGGAACGAGGCUGUGGAUAACAGCGAACGUUAUUGAUGUAGAAGAACCUUUAUUAAAAAACUAUUUUUGACCAACUCAAACAAAACUAACUUUAAGUAACAAACAAAACAGAAACAGAUAAAAUGUGACGAAAGAUAGGUAAUUAGAUAGAGAAAGAAACUUAAAUCAGGUUCAUAUUCAAAUAAAACACUUACGUAGACUGGGCCUGCAAGUAGCUAAGCAACAGUAGAGGCAAACUAGGUUGUGAUCUUAUUAAAUUAACUGCAUUACAGCUGUCUUAAUUAAAUUUUUACAGUAAUUGAAAUCAGAUGUAUUAGAUUAAAUACUAUUGGUACUUUACAAAAUUGAAAAAAAAUCAAGAUCAGGGAAAGAGAAGAAAUAAAAAUACCAGUCAAUAUAACCAGCAGUCCUCAUUAAGACUACACUCACCUAGGUAAUGUUGGGACAUUUUUCCUGAAUAGGGUCUGAUGGAUUAUGCAUUAUGCUUUGAAAGAUAUUAUGCGCAAAAUUAUGCUCACCUGGAGGUAUUAUGUCGCUAUGCAUGCUGGACUAAAAUAGCACUUUCUGUUGAAUCCCAUACCUAGUAACUAGGAGUUCCUACACAGUCUUAUGUCAUUACUUUGUAAAGAAAACAAGUUAGUGCCUUGGAAGUCUGGCAUAAUGAGGUGUUCCAAACCUGCUCCUUGUUUUAAUUUUAAUUUUCUGAUCCCUGAUUAUGCAGUUGAUCAGUGAAAACUCAGAUUUUAAUAUUUUUGAAAAAUGGACAGCAGUGUAAGGUCUCAUUUCAACAUUUUCAUUUUUUAAUUUAAUAACUUUGUUUACAUAAUUUUUCAGCCGAGGCAUCUUAUCGAUGGGUCCUCGUGGUGUGAUGGGGCAAAUGCCACCUGGACACCUUGGUAACCAGAGUGGACUCAAUAGUCUGUCAAAGACCAGCCGAGCUAUAUCCAUACCAUCAUCUCUAUCAAGGUUAGAUGGAACAAUCAUUAUAAUAAUUUUAUCGUGGUAACCUACACAUUUACAGCUGCACCGCUCCCCCGUCCAAAUACAGUGGCAGGUCCAGACCUUCGGAUGGGGGGGGGUCAUCCAGACUCUGAGAUAAGGGAGAAGCUCAGCCUCAAAAAAAUUUUUUUCAGCCCUUUGGGCCUCAGUUUAAUCUACAAAUAAGUGGCGGGGGGGCUCUCCUGGAUCUGGCACUACAACAUUAGGGAUUAAAAGACACCAUGAUGGCGAUGGUAGCAGAAACGUUGCUUAAGAUAUUAAUUCUUUCAAUCUUUAUCAGAAUAAUUAAUAUUCCAUCUGGUACUGGUCGGGUGUUGUAAACUUUCAUUGUAUGCAAAUGAGUCUUGCGAUGAGCAUACAGUUUAUUUUCCACAAUGAUUGAAAUGAUAUGCCCUGUUCAUCACGUUUUUGGUCUCUGGCAAUUAUGUAAUUUUUUUCGAAUUGAUUUUCGUGUAUUUAUAAGCAAAACUUAACGCUUUUUUAAGAGUGUUCUUAUAAACAUUGCUUUUUGGACAUUCUCGUUACCGUCAAAGUCAUGACAUCUUUAAGUCCCUAUCAACACUAACUUCUCGCCACCAUGCAACCUGAAGACCUCCCAGCACACCGGGAACCAUUCUCCCAGCUGUGUCUGGGAAAAACGCCUUCCCUUUCAUUCGAUCCUCUGCCAGUGGGAAACCCCAACCAUGUAAUUCUUUUAAUAUUUGUAAAUAAUUAUGUGGAGACUGAGUCUGACUGUUACUAAAUGCUAUUCCAAGCAUAUUUGCUCCAAUCAUACAGUACACAAAGUUUUUGCUAUACAUGUAGUUAAGCCUAGUAAGUUAACUUUAAUAGUAGAAUAGAAAGUUGCCUAUAAAAUUAAUUGUAAUGUACUACUGACUGCUAAAGUAAUUUAAUUCUUAAAAAUUUAGUCUAUUGCUCCACUGUUGAUGUUUUCAAAACUGUUUUGGGGAUAAAGUGGAUGACUUGCAUAUUGCUAGAACAUGUUUUAAAAAACUCUGAGUGUUGAAGCUUCUCAUUUAAAAAGUUGAAGCUUAGAGAUUGGGAUUUUUUUGAGUGUUUAACAUUUGGCUAAACAGUUUCCUCCAGUUUGUGAGCAUUCAAGAGAAAUUUGAAAACCAAAAUAUUGCAGAGAGUUUGAAAUUGUCCCCUCAUAUAGAUACGCCAUUUAAAAGUAGAAAGGUAGACAUUGCGUAGAACAUGUCAAUGAUGUCAUGAUAACCUAUGGGAAAGAAAAACGAAAAUUGGAACGAUUGUUGAUCUGUGGAGAGCAUGUUCAAAUGGCAAAAAAAAGAAAAAAAUAGAGCAUGCUUGUGAGAUGUUUAGGAGAAAUAUUAGAAGUUGAAGUUAGCAGCGGGCAAAGAAAGUAGUGUCCGAUAUCCCGGGGCUAGUGGAUUUUGCUGUUGGGCUAGUAAAUUCUGUUUGUAACUUGCCCGAAGUGCAGGUGAGGUUUUUUGGGGAAUUCAAAUUACAGAAGAAUCAUAAUCAAUCCUGCUCAUCAAAAAUUUUUUUUGAGCAGGUUGAAAUGACUUUUGGGCUAGUAAAUGUAAGCUACAGCUUGCCCGAAUGGCAAGCUGUAAAACUGACUUUCUUUGUACCCUGAGUUAGGGAUAAAAAUACAUUCAUGAAUGUAACACUGUAAAAAUGCUGGUGGUAAAAUUUUCCUUCAAUUGUUCAAUUUAAAGCACAGGUAAACAUUCAGCAGCAUAAAAGCCUUUUAACUUGUUGUUGAGCAUUUGUAGUUUUAGAGAUAAUCAGCUUGUUUCAACAGUAAAUGCUCCUUGAAAAUACCAUAGGAAUAUUUAUGAUGUGCCCUUGUUUAUAUCCCUCAUAAUAUUUAGCGCGGGCUCAUCCAGAAGUUCUCCAGUUCUAUCAAUUGGAAUGACACCUGCUCCACAGGCACCCCAGCAGCCACAAAUGCAUCAACCAAGAGGCUUUAACCUUGGGGGGUAUGUCCUGAUCAGAAUUCCUUGAAUGGUUGAUGCUGUUGAAUUGUCAAAGGAGAAACAAGCAUUAUUUUUUCCUUUCUUCUCCCAGAAAAGCUUGAUUCUCAGACCAAUUUAUUAUACAGAGUAUAACAGAGAAGAGAAAAAAAGUAACUUUCACACCUGCCUUGAACAAAACACAUUACAAUGUGCACUUUUGCAAACACAAUGGCUCAAUUUAUUCUUCUAACCCCCGCCCCCUCAGUGUAGUGUUUCUCUGAUUCCCUUUUUUUCAAUAGAUUAUUGUCAUGUUAUUAAGCCUUUCAUCAUUAAUAAAUGCAAGUUAAACAUGGCCAUAUAACUUUUGACUUCCUAGGUUAUUUUUAAAUGCAAAUAAGCUAUAGUGCUAUGCUUUAACGAUUUUCUUAAGCUUAACUUUCUGUCCUAUUUUCUUGGCCAAAAUGACCUCAAAUAUAUAUCUAAACGAUCUUUGAAACUGUUUAAUGAAGUGUCAGUUUGUGCUUUAUUAAGUCUAAAACAUUUUCAUAGUGCUUUGCUACUUGUUUCAAACUAUUCGUAAAAACUACUGUUUAAUGAGGGAUGCAGUUCUUGUGAAAAUGAUGUUAAAGUUUGAUCACUGCUGUUGUUUGUUUCUUUGUCUUUUGUAGUAAUACAAUCACAAGCUCUGUGCCAGGCCCCAUGUCAAAUUUUGGUCUCACAAGAAGCCAGUCCACCAGUGGGGUGUCACAGGUAAAGUAUGUCAUAAGGAGAUUGGGUGCAAUCUUUACAGCAAAGGUUUGUGGGAUAGUUUUGAUGGCCAACAAAAGCAGUGAAUGGUUACUGAAUGUCUUUGCAUACCACUAACCAAUCAUAUCUCACUCUUUUCCACCCAAGUGAUACUAACAUUGUUGCACCUAAAAAUUGGACCCAUUUACCCUGGAGGAAGUGGUGAAUUGUACAAAAGGAGUAGUUGCAUUAGAUGUAGUUCUUUGUUCCAUCCUUUCCCUAAAAUAUUUUCAAAAAUUUUCUUUCCUCUUCUUCCCAAGGGAAAGAGUGUGCUCUUUCAGGACUGAUGAUUUCAUAACAAGUGUGAAAACAGUGGGUGUGAAAAGAAAACAAGAAUUUGACGUUACAUGAAGAGUCACUUGAGGCAUUGUUCCAUGCACACUCCCCUGUAACAAAGUGCCUUUCUCUUUUUUUACUUUGUCAUUGGCUGAAAGGUCAAUGGAAUCCCACGAGUGUAAAAUUAGGGAAAUUUCUCAUUGUGACUGACUGUUUCACCUUGAAACUUUACACAUCCAUGAAUACAACACUGAAGGUGAUGAUUUUUCUUGUGUUUCCACCUGUGUAUAUUUGUAAUAACAUUGUUUUGUUUAUAGGGAAUGGGCGGUUCUGGACUUCCUCUUUUUUCAGGUGCUUUUGCUCCCCCAGGUAAAUAAUUGGACAGUAUUGUGAGUUCAUCUAGUUGUGUGCUGAUAAUCGAUUAUAAUAUUUAUCACAGAUCAAAAGCUUUAAGCGAUGCAAUAAUCGAUUAAUAGAAAAUGCUCAAUUGAUUAUCAAGGGAAAAAAAAUUCCUUGUUGCAUAUUAAAAACGUCUGUGUUGUCUUUUUAGUGGUCUCAUGAUUAAAGAAGAAAAGAGAAUUUGAUCACCCGAAAGCACAGAAAAAAUUCUAAGCUUCAUGCGAGAAUCGAAUCCAUGACCCAUGAAGUUCUACUGAGUAACUGGAAUUCUAUGACGAGCAGUGUUGAAUCCACAUCUUAUGUUUUUCUUAUGUUCGUAAACACGGCAUAGCGGCUGUCUUAAAUGGAAUUCUUAUAAAGAGAUUUUUCUGAUUAUAAUAGAUGAUCAAUCGGAUGGGUCAAUUAAAAUAUUUCCGUUGAUUAAUUAUGGAAUCUCAGGCAAUUCCCAACCACAAGUAACUGUUUUGCUGCCUUUCUUCUCUAACAUUUCUGCCCUUCAAGCUGUACAGCGGCCUAGUUUGAGAAUACUAGCCCUAAUACAUGAACUUUUAGGCCUCUUUCUCUUGCACUGAGUAUGUAUCACUGUUCAUGUCAAACAUUAACCAGUGUGUCUUAUGCAGGUGCCCCGGACUCACCAAAAUCUCUUCGGCAUAUUUUCUCUGGAGCAGGGCAAGGUAUGUCAGUAAUUCCAGUUUUAAACAAGUGACAUGCAUGCAUCUUAGUGAAGAAAAAUGAAAUAUAGUUUAAAAAGAUGUUUCUAUUUACAAAGUACAUCCUUGCCCAUGGUUCCACGUAAUGAUGAAUGAAUUUCCAGAAACUAAAACUAAAAAAGACUUUAGGAGUUUGAAAGCAGGGUAACAGCGGUGGUUCUUGCUCCUGCUCCGGGAGGUUUUUCCCCAGGUACUCUGGUUUUCUCCUCUUGUCAAAAACCAACAUUUCCAGUUUAAUCACGAAUAUUAGACGGGUAACCAUUAAGUGGAUAUGCUACCUAUGUGCUACCUAAGUGGAUGUGCUACCUAUCAUUGUUUUUCAUUACUUUUUUAGCUGUAGCUGUAAGUACAGGAUGGUCUAUCAUAUCCUAUCUUGAGCAAGAAAUUUGCAUUUAAUGUUGACCAAGCGUGUUGUCAAGGUGGCUGAAUAUUGGCCAAGUUUAUUUUCUUCUCGGUCAAGAAAAACACAAAAAAGAACAGGGCCAGUUUCCAGCCAUCUCAACCGCACAAGCUUGGUCAAUAAAGGAUUUAUUAUAUGGCAAAAAAGAGGACCUUUUCUUGCGGGACCAACGCGGGAAAUCCCGAGGGGGCAAGGUGGGUCGGCUAGCCAAUCAGAACUCAGGAUUCGCUUCAUCUUGCCUGCUCGCAGAUUCAGCCAUUCAAUAAACUACAGUACUUGCUUGGUUUGAAAGAAUCAGAAUCAGCAAUAAAGGGCAUCAUGUCGAAAUGCCCCUCAGUUAAUAGCUGAUAGCUGAUAUUCUGUUUCUACGGUAUGUAAGGGGAAAUAAUUGACGUUCGUUUGAGCGUAACUGGUUUUUAUUACCUGUAGGACUUUCUGAUCCAUCAUCAGGAGGCUCCAGUGGAUUAGACCUUUCUGAAUUCCCUGCAUUGGCAAACAGAAGCCGUAUCGAGAGCUUGUCUCGUGUAGAGGGUGUGGCACGUUUGGAGAGUAUAGGUGGUGUUUCUGCACCCCCGAGCAGUAUGGCAAGCCGGCCAAGCUACGGUGUGGUGUCCAAGCCUGCUGAACCUCCUCCGGACUUUUCAAUUCACAAUGAAGACUUCCCUGCUCUUCCUGGCUCGAAUACCUUCAAAUCAGGUACAUGUAGUGUUUGAAAUCGUUUUCCUCACUAAUGUGCGUUUGAGGGUUCGUACGGGUCAUGGGAAACCUGGAAAGUCAUGAAAUUGAAGAAUUUCAUUUCCAGUCCUGGAAGGUCAUGAAAUUUAAUUGUCGCUCCUGGAAAUUCAUGGAAAAUUAAAGCUGGUUUUGUUAGAUUAGUCACUGUAGAUGAAAAUGUUAACAUAGUUACACGAAAUCAAUCAUCGCGAACUGCACGCAUUUUGCUGAACGCUAGAGUUUGUGUCUGUUGAAAUGAGUUAGGUAAAAAAAAUGCCCCUAAACAAAGAAGGUUUUGAAGAAUUUUGAAAGUUACUGCUAAACCUAACGUCAUGGAAAACUCUGUGUCGUGUGUAUCGUUUACCAUCGUUUCGCUAACGUCCUGUUCGAUAACGUUUUAAGUCGUUUCGCUUACGUAUUAGGUCAGUUCCCUAACUGCUUUCGCCUGAUCAGUGGCUGAAAGAACGAGAUAUCAUACAUAUGUAUCGCAUUUUUUGGUAUCGUGGCUGAGAGAGCGAGGUAUAAAAAGCGAGCGAGACAUUGGCGAAACGACUUCGUGGGCGAAACGAUCAGUGAAGAUUCUCAAAUCAACUGUGAUUAUUAAAAAAUCAAAACUAUAUAGUGACUAUGAUCCGAUUUCCAACCCUCUAUCUCAAUGGUGAUUGCCUUCAGUUGAAACAGUCGUUGUUCUAUAUCUCUCAGGCUGUUUCUCUCAAGUUAGAGAAAGUAUUUAAAAUAACGAUUUUCACUUACGUGACGCAGACACCAGUUUCUAACUGGCUGGCAAUAACAUGGUUGUCUUAGAACAUCUAUCUAAUAAUGUUCCUUUCUAAUUUCAUAGAAAACCAAACUGAAAGUUCUACGUCUCAAGAUCCAUCCAAACAAGUAUGUUCCUUGACGUUGCGUAAUAGGUCAUUUGCACGAUGGCGUCAUUUUACUACUACUACUACUACUACUACUACUACUACCACUACCACUACCACUACCACUACCACUACCACUACCACUACCACUACCACUACCACUACCACUACCACUACCACUACCACUACCACUACCACUACCACUACCACUACCACUACCACUACCACUACCACAACCGCCACCUCCACCACCAAGGUUUAGGCUUUUGUUUUCUUGUGCAAAUUAGAGCUUUUGGUAUGUAACCCUCACUGGGAUUAUCAAAAUUAAACAUAAAAGAAAAAGGAAGUGAAUUCUAGUCGUGGUAGUAAAAAGAUGUCAUGGUACCUAUUUCGAGCCUAUGACUGCCCAAAUUGGACUUACCCUGGAAUUACGCAAUUACCAUUGUUUUUAAACAUAAUGAGUUAGCCUGCGUGGCGGGCGUCGAAAGGGGUAGGGUUAACUCGUUCGACUGGGGAAGUGAAGUAAGUCUUGUUUCGAAUUAUUGGGAACCUUGGGUUGGACUAUUGGUGUUUCUUUUGCACACUUCAACCAGCAUAAAAAAUGUGCGAAUGUUAGUUUUUCUUUGUUUUUUUUUUUUGCAAUUUGCAUUUUUCGUUUUCUUUGGCAGGUCAUCAGUACAAGCUCCGGUGUGUUUCCUGGAACAGGUAUUGAUUUGCAGUGUGUUUUAAUUUUUAAAUUUAAAUAAAAGGCGGCUCCGCAAGCGCCCCCCUUCCCGCCUCAUUUAUGGGCCUAUUCACCUGGAAACAAAAGGGUCAAUUUGGGUUUCUGAAACUACCCACCUACCCCCUAACUCAACGUUGACAUUUGUGUCUCACUUGGGGCAAAAUGUUGGGAUAGGGGAGGGGUAGAUGGGCAGUUUCCGAGAAACCUAAAUUGAUCCAACGAAAAAAAUCCAUCCGAUUAUAACCCCCCCCUCCCAACCACUAACUUGUAUUGAAGUGAAUUCGAUUUAUUAUGACGUUUUUGUCGAAAAAAGUCAAGGGAGCGCCGCCCUCGAAAGGGUUGGGGCGGAAUAGAGAGCUUGAUCGCAGGUUAAGUUCAGUGAAUUUUAAACUUUCACCCCUCUUUACUCCUGGUUUCUUUUCAUUAACGAUAGAUCUAAGAGGAGUUUCGUCGUAUGAACAAGCGUUGAAAGACGUCGCGAAAGAUUCGAGGUAUGUCCUUUUGCAGCUGGUGUCAACGUUGUCUUUGUUGCUCAUUUGACAAAGACGACUUGUAUCUUGGGGGGUACUAAACAAAAUUUUAUACAGGGAGGCUCUGCCCGGGAUUCCAGCCAUUUUAAACAAAAAAGGUGCCCAUUUUUAUACUUUUUAUUGACAAAUGAUACCCCUUUCUUAUACUAGUUUAGAACCCCGCAUCCCUUUUAACUGCUGAAUAUGCACCGUCUUUUAGAUGAAAAAAUAAAUCACACUAAACCAGGGAGUUUUCUUGUCUUUUUCACAACCAUAAAAUGCAGCUGUUAGGUCCUAUCACAGACCUCAAUGACAGAUUUCCAUACCCUUUCUUGACUUCAACGAGUGAAAUCCCUACCCUUUCAUAUACCUGAAGCCGAAAAAAGGUACCCUUUCAGGUUGGGGCUACCCAGGGGGUACCCCCGGGGUUUUGUAUUUGUAUUGAUUAUUAUACUGAAUACAGAUUUUAAUUGUAUUUAGAUUUGCGACAGGAGAAUCCAAGUCAAGUUCGUCAAACACCAAGCAACCACCACGAGGAAUUCAAACGUCACCUUCAGGUACGGAAAUUAAACUUGCUUUUUCUGUUUGAAAGACAGACUUAAAUGGCACCAAUUGAAAUGUAGAUUUUCCACGAGUUGAAGAGUUCGUUCCGAGGACUAAAACAUGUUCAUGGAGACCAAACAAUCGAGAUUUAUUUCGAACAUCUCACUGCAUCUGGUGGCUGCCACUCAUUCUCAUCUCAAAGCCACACGGCUAAGGGCCUCUUUACAUGGAGGCGAGGGACCCCAGGUAGGCGAGGUAACCCACUUAGGUGGGGUAACCCGCCUGUACUUAUAAUCUGUCAUAUGGUAACCCCACUUAUCAUGUAAACAUGUUCAAAUUAAAAUGAGUGAUUCUAUGGACAUGCAGGUCACCCCACCUAAGCGGGUUACCUCACCUACUUGGGGUCCCCCACUUCUACUGGUCAUGUAAACAGGCCCUCAAUUUGUAACGAACGAGUGGCGAUGAGGGUCUCUGGGGACUAGAAAGCAAUCUUAAUUCUGGUUAUGUUUAUUUUUAGGCAUGAUCUCCAAUAUUCCAAAAGGCAUGGUCACAGAUCAGUUUGGAAUGAUAGGACUGUUAACAUUCAUCAGGGCAGCGGAAACAGAACCAAAUCUUGUCACGCUAGCGCUUGGAAGGUCAGUUAGACUAUCCACUUCUCUAUUGUCUGGAAAUACUGGUGUAUGUAAAGGAAGUUAGUAUCUACAUUUCAGACACCCUGGUCUGCACAGGGUAAUUCUUGGUUUGCAGCCACGUGACAAGGCGGCCAUGUUGGUGGUUAAUACAAUAUGCCACUUGCACAUUGAAAAGUUUGUGCGAUUUCAAUUUCUUUAUGUUAAUUUUAUCGUGCAAUUUCGUUUUUAUAUCUUAAUAACAUUUCAAAUGACUUCAACAUCAUUGAUAUUGUAUCUUUUAAUUCUGCAGUGAUCUUACAACGUUAGGACUUAACCUUAAUUCCCCAGAGUAAGUAAUAAAACCUUUGUGUUUACUUUGCCGUUACUAUUCGGGGCAUCAGGAUUUUUCUGGGACGGAGGGGUGGGGGGAGGGGGAGGAGGAGAGCAAAGGGCAAAUCGAGUGGGCGGGGAGAGGAAAACUCUCUCUCUCUUCCCUGCUCCCUUCGUCGUUUCAAAUCUCCGCUCCCCUAACACCUUUGGAAGGCUUGAUAGUAAGCCAGGUUACAAUGUUACUUUCCUUGUUCGUGAUGUGGUUAAUGUUGUUGGAGUUCUUGAAGCACUUUUCUCCUAUUGGAAAUUGUCCUGAUGCCUGUUAAUAUUUCACCACCAAGCCUCGUUUUGAAAUUGUUAAGUUGAGAAGUUUUGCAUUAGAGCGAUUUUCGUAUGACCUUUAAAAAUGGUUUCGGUAAGUGUUCGUUAAUUGUUUUAUCAGCCAAUGGACGAAAAGAUCAACUUAUGGCCUCUUCGUUUUCCCGCCAAAGAAAACCUCGAUAUGGAAGAAGGCGUUGUUCGAUUGGACAACAAACGACGUCAAAGUGAAGUAUCGAUUGAUUUCUAGAAAGUUCUCGGGCAUGAAGAUUUUUCACCCGAGCGUUCACUUAACUAACCAAAAGCCACGCGCGUUUGUAUCCGUUCGAUAAACCAAUCAAAUUUCUCUAUUUCCGUUCGUUUGUUGUUUCUGUUUUGUUCGUGCUUUUUUAUUUCCAGGUCAUACGAAAAUCGCUCUAACGAAUUCCCGAAAAGAGUACUCAUGCACAAAGAGUGAAAUUGUGAAGAAUUUUGUUCACAAACCACGCGUGGUGGUGAAAUUUGCUCGUCUGAUUUUAACUUGCAUAAUGGGCAGUUGUGUCAAUGGGAGCUCGAUGCUCUGUUGUUGGAUGUUCUAAAGAACCCUCUAUUUAUUGCCGCUUAUAGUAGACUGCAACUGUUUAUAUAUUUUAGGAGUCUUUAUCACACGUUUGGUUCUCCGUUUGCAGACAGUCCUUGUAGACCGCAUGAAAUAGGUAGGAUCAGUUGUUUAACUGUUUAUAUGCAAAUCAAAUAGAAACAAUUGCAUGGUAAAAAAUAGGUUCAUAAAGCUUUACGUAUACACUAUUUCGAGAAAGGUCGUCGUAAAAAAUGUGCACGUGACAAUGCCGAAAGGUAACAUGAUCAAUACACUGUUCCUGACACGGGAGCCGUCGGACCUACUUUGGUUGCUUUCCUUUAUUAGUCGCAAGCAUAUAUCCAUAGCCUCUCGUGCCAUUCUUUCAAAUUUCUUUGAACAACAGUGAACUCAAAACCACCCACAAUACCUUUCGGGAUUGUCGAAAUAGCUGUAUAUAUACAGUAUCAUUCGGUAAACUAUGCCACAGACUCGAGCACUGAGAGAGAAUCUCUUACACCAUAAAAAUUUAAUCUUAGAACAGAAGAAAGUAAAUUCUUAGGUUUGUGUUUUACAUUACUUUGUGUUGCAUAAGGAACAGAAGGGCCAUUUAUACCAGGAAAACUAGACGCGUCCUAAAUAAGACGCAUACUGUACCGUUUAAACGGAACAUUUCGUCCAAAAUAAGGUGCUUUAACACCUGUUCUUAGAUAAGACGCGUCUUAGCUAAGUUGGGCCUUCUUUUAGACGAAAUGUCCCUUUCAAACGGGACAGUUUACGUCUUAUUUAGGACGCGGCUAGUUUUCCUCGUGUAAAUGAUCCUGGUAUCACAGUUAAGUACUUCGUAACAGUUUUGACAUGGGUAGUUAGUUAAAUUCUUAGCAUUUCAUUUAAAUCAUUGAUUAAUCGUUUUCAUUUUUAGCAUGUCGAAUGUUAAGCCGUAUAUAUACACUUCGUUCACACACUUUUUUGUGUUCUUUCUCAACAGAUUAUCACGUACCAUCAGAGUACCGAAUAAACACGUUUAUCAGAGAUAAGGUGAAAUCUUUUUUACCGGCCCAACAAACUAAAUAUGAUUCUGUGUGUGUUUGUAAUUGACGUCUCUAAAACUAAGUCGUUAUAGCGGGAAUUUUGUCUUUUUUUCUUUGUGCUUUUUUGUGCGUUUGCAGUUGGCGCCCAUAAACUUCACAACCAGGAUUUUGUUUUUUAUCCAUGUGUUUUGUGCUUGUGUUUACAGUUGGCUCCUAUAAAACUUAGUCGUUACAGUGAGGAUUUGCUGUUUUAUCUGUACUACACCAACGGAGGAGAUAUUCUUCAGUUAGCUGCUGCUGCUGAACUGUAAGUAAUAAUAUGCACAGUGGUCAAUUUGCGUCACUGUUUAGUUUUUUGCUCAUUAGCAUACGAAUUAGCUUUUAAAAAACGUCAUCAUAUGUACAAACGAGAUUUGAAAGUUGAAAGAACUGGUUAUUUUGGCGAGUUAUUGUACCUUUCAGCUUUUUGCAAUCAAUAACAAAGGAAAUAGCUGCAAUCAAAAACUGCAAAAUUGCUGGUUGGCAAAAACGCUAAUGAGCUCAUAUACUCUUUGUAAAGUUUCGAUGUUUUGGAAGAGAAUUAGUCCGAAACUAUUCGGUAUACUAUCGGCCUCAAAUUUUCAGAGAUAACUAGUUUUGUGAAAAUGAAUUAAUUAGGGGGGCAUACGCGUUCUGUGCAUUAUCUUCUGGGAUGGUUUGAGCAGACAGGCUUUCGUUAUGACUGGUUUAUGGUAUCCGAAGACAACCAGUAACCAAUCAUUGGCUACCCAAACGCUCGUAGAAAUCCUUAGUCCAGAAGGUAGUACCCAUGUUCCUUGAAGUUUAUGGAUUGGCAGACAAUUCUUUAGAUCCACUAUUACAUAGGGCAAUUGCAGGAUGACGUCAUUGUACUACAGCCACCGGAAUCCUUCAUUUUCUUGUUUUUUUUGUGUGUUUGUGUGUGUGCAAAUUAUGGUUAUUGCUUUUUAUAACUCAGCGUAGUUUGACAAUUUAAACAAGAAAACAAAAGCAAAAUGAAUUCUGGUAGUUAUAGUCAAAUGUCAUUGUGAAAAUGGCCUAGUGAUGUUAAGACUAGUUACUAUAAUAUAGCACGUUAACGGUGUUCAGUCCCGGGAGGGGACUCCCAUGUGAACGGAGCGGGGAUGUUCGUCGGAAAUUUUGAAUGAAACCCCUAUAGGAGACCAAUCUGGGCGCGGCCCAACCUUUUUUUGACCCCUAAAAGCGAUCAUUUUAAACUUUGAUUACACGAAUCGAGUUAAUUUUUUUUCGAGUGCAACCCUAAAAGAGACCUUUACGGCUAAUUAUGAUGGUGUUUUGUCCAGAACACCCUAAGCGAGACCAAAAUCUGAAAUUUACACCCCUAAGCGAGACUACGAGCAUCCCCGUCCCUUUCAUAUGGGACCCCCCCCCCCCCGGGGUGUUGCCAAACUGACUGGCUGUGCUUUAUAGGUACGCUCGUGACUGGAGGUACCACAAAGACGAGAGACUAUGGCUUACGCGAGCUCCGGGCGUGGAACCUCAACUGAAAACAAGCUCGUAUGAACGUGGAACAUACUACUUCUUUGACUGUAGUUCGUGGAGAAAGGUGGCUAAGGAAUUUCACUUGGAGUACGACAAGCUUGAAGACAAACCCACACUUCAACACGUGUCAGCGCAAUAAAUUUCAUUCUACAAUUGGUCAGAUCGCGGUUUUUAGCGUCAACAGGAGGUGGUACGGAUAUGGCGCUAAAAUGACAUUGUUAUGAGAAUACAACGUAAAAUAAUUUUGGAAGAAUUUUGAUUUUUAAAGCUGUUACUUUCUAGCGUGUACCAAGCUCUUAGUAACUCGAGACAGGUGAAAAGAGAAGUGAGGGCGAAUAAGAAAUGACGGAGGGGUGACGGAGGGGGAGAGAGGAAGAUACGGUGCCCUUGAUUUCCCCUCUCCUCCCCCUCCCUGCCUCUUUUUCUCGCGCCCACUUUUCUUUUCGCCGGUCCGGACUAACAGAGACCCCGGAACAUGCUAGUUUCCAGGGGUCAAUUUAAUAAAACUUUUACAAGUGUAGUCUACAAGCGUAGCUGUUGUUUUCAGACUCCAAAACAGUGACCACUUGUAAAAGUUUUAUUUAAUUGAUCCCAGAUAACUAUAGGAGUGCGCCUAAAGAUUGUAUUGUGAUUUCAGAUGUGUGGGCUAUCUAACACUUGAGCCUUGAAAGUUACAGCCCACUACUACCGUAUUUUUUCCAGAUCUGAGUCUGCUACUAAAUUUACUUGUUUAACUUUUACUAUUCAAAAAUUUAAUUCUCUGAUAUUUUUGUGCACUGCAACCUCUUUCAAGUGUGAGGUUAUACCCAGAGCUGCAUUUCGCGCCGUAUCUUCCCUCUUCUUUUGGCGAGAACUACCGCUUUCUGUCCAGAUAUCUGUUGUACUCUUUUUGGUUUGAGGUGGAACUGUCGCAAUGCCAUUGUACAGAAAACUGUCGUUCUCCAGGGUAUGCGUUGGUCUCUCGUUCUUUUUUAACUUCUAACUUUUACUUCUCCAUGUAACAAUGGUCGUCUUAAAUACACGGAAUAUUUGUAAAAAGUCAUUCGAGAUGUGAUAUAGCGAAUAUCAUUAAAAAGAGUCUUUUAGC